CAUGUGAGAAAAGAGAUGCGUAUGUAUGUAGGGCGGUCAAGUCAUCUCUCACAGACAACGCUCCUCAUCAUCUGCCUCCAACCUAGUAUCCAGUAUCCAUCCUACAAUAUAUAUGACGAGAAUGAGGUGACAAGACGCCGCCGCACUAAUUAUUUGUCCAAGAGCUGGAUGGCAGCUCCAGGCCAAUCUCCGCACGAUGCAUGUGAUCAUACGGUGAGCAGAGGCCCGGCUCUGCUGCCCCGGCAGGCCAGCUCGGCGCCACCGGCUGGGCCGCCGGAGCUGUCGACGACAUCGUCGUCGACGACGGGGUCGGGGAGGACCGCGCCGGAGGCAAGGGCCCUGAAGGUCCACAGCGAGGCCGAGCGCCGGCGUCGGGUGAGGAUCAACGCUCAUCUCACGGCGCUCAGGAGGAUGAUCCCUGAUACCAAGCAGAUGGACAAGGCCGCCUUGCUGGCCAGGGUGGUGGACCAAGUGAGGCAGCUGAAGAGGAGAGCCAGCGAGGCCGCACAGCAGACGCCGGCCGUCCCGCCGGAGACCGACGAGGUCUCCGUCGAAUUCUGCUGCACAGGGGACACCGACGACGACGACAGCCGCCUGUACAUUAAGGCGUCUGUCAGCUGCGAUGACCGCCCGGACCUCGUCGCCGGUUUCAUCCAGGCGCUCCAUGGCCUGAGACUUAGGACACUAAGAGCGGAGGUGUCCUCCCUGGGAGGAAGGGUGCAGCACGUCUUCACACUCUGCAAGGAGGAGGAAGGCAGUGCAGGGUGUGCUGGACUGAAUUCCCUGAAGGAGGCUGUGAGGUUUGCUCUGGCCAAGGUUGCUUCAUCAGAGCUGGUGUGUGGCGGCAGUCCGUUCCAGUUCCAGAGCAAGAGGCAGAGGAUUCUUGAGUCGCAUUACUCAAUCAUGUCCAUAUAGAUGAGUACUUCUGGAGUAAGUAUAUUUUUUUUUCCAGAUUUGAUGUUAGUGCUGUAAGAUAAGAUAGAUGCAGUCACUCCACUUCCAGGAUAGAUAUCAUGCCAACAGGGUUUACACUGUGUGCCUGAUGCAGCAUGGCUGCCGACAUUCAGAUUGCAGCAGAAAUCCUCGAUGGAUAACGACUCAGCAGAGUCACAUGAUUAGUUUGACGAUUCAGCAGUGGCGCGGAUAGGCUGGUACUCUAUGCAGCACCUCCUCAUUGGUGGUUCUCAUAUUAGGAGAUGAGACACGUAGAACUACUUUGUCUUUUUUACUUUUGUUAUGUUAGGUAUAUCAGCAAGUUUUCCUGCUCGCCGGGUGUUACUAGCAUCGGAGUAAAAUAAUACUUUCAAAUGAAAAAAA